UGGGACGUGCAGCGUCCGCGCUCUCGGCGCCGGAAGUUGGGUGCGUAGCCGAAGGGGUGUGAGGGAGGUGACGUUGCCUUCGGAAGGCCGACUGUCAAAGCAGGGAAGAAAGGAAUACUGGUUGUCGUUCGUGGGCAAUGUCCGAGCUGGCGAUCCUGUGGCACAAGCAUAGAAGGGAGCACCUUUUCAAAUUAUAUCUGGUUCUGCAGUCCUGAACACUCCAGAAGAUAUCGUAUAUUGUUCCAUAAUUCGGAGAGAAUGGGGACACCAGGUGCUGGAAGAAGACGAACACCUAUUAAAGACAGAUUCUCAGCUGAAGAUGAAGCACUGAGCCAUAUUGCCAGAGAGGCAGAGGCCAGGCUUGCAGCCAAACGGGCAGCCCGAGCAGAGGCAAGAGAUAUUCGCAUGAAAGAACUGGAGCGGCAGCAGAAGGAGGAGAAUACGGAACGUGCUAAGCAUACUUUUCGGCCUCACCGACAUCACCUGGUUUUGGGAAUGAAGGAUACAGAGAGAGUAAACAGUGUAACCAGUCAUAAAUUGGAUGAAAAGACUGAAUCAUUUUCUCGACCAGCAUCUCGAAAUGCAGUUUCAGGGUUGUCACCGGCCACACUGGCCUCACUUGGAGGACCCUCCUCACGACGAGGCAGUGGGGAAAUGAGUAGUAUUCUGGAUCCAGAUGUUUCGCUCAGUGAAAUGCGGGAUAUCUAUGAGCUUAAGGACCAGAUACAAGAUGUAGAGGGGCGAUACAUGCAGGGAUUAAAAGAACUUAAGGAUUCCUUAUCUGAAGUAGAAGAGAAAUAUAAAAAAGCUAUGGUCUCCAAUGCACAACUAGACAAUGAUAAAUCAAAUCUCGUCUACCAAGUGGACACCCUAAAAGAUGUAAUUGAGGAGAUGGAGGAGCAGAUGGCCGAGCUGUAUAGAGAGAAUGAGGAAAAAUCCAAGGAACUGGAACGACAGAAACAUAUGUGUAGUGUGUCACAACAUAAAGUAGAAGAAUUAAAAGAAGGUAUUCGGCAAAGAGAUGAGCUUAUAGAGGAAAACAAGUGUCUGCAACAGAGGGUGGACACCCUCAUCAGGGAAGUGUUUGAUCUGCAGGAAACUAUCAACUGGAAAGACAAAAAAAUUGGGGCUCUAGAGAGGCAGAAAGACUACUUUGACUGCAUUAGGAAUGAGCGUGAUGAACUCAGAGAUGAAUUGGCUGAUCUGAGGGAAAGAACAAAGAAACAUGGUUUGGUAAUUAUCCCAGAAAAUACACCAAAUGGUGAUGUAAACCAUGAACCUAUUGUUGGUGGAAUUACAGUUGUGUCUCAAGAGGCUGCGCAAGUACUUGAAGGUGCAGGUGAUGGGCCACUAGAUGUGCGGCUAAAGAAACUGGCUGAUGAAAAGGAAGAAUUACUUGCACAGAUCAGAAAACUGAAAUUGCAGUUGGAAGAGGAACGACAGAAAAACUCUAAGAUUGAGAAUGUGCUCACAGAUUCUGAUCGAUUGGAAAAUGGCACAGAUCUACAAAUUCUUGAAAUUGCAGAGUUUUGCUCGCUACAACAGAAGCUGUACAUCUUGCUACACAUCCUAAGUGGUAGAGAUUUGGGAGAUGCAAAUCGGCAGUUGAGUGAAUACAAGUUUAAACUUUCUAAGGCUGAACAGGAUAUAGCCACUGUGGAACAAAAUGUUGCCAGACUUGAAGGGCAGUCAUCGUAUAAAACAGCAACAGAAAACUCAGAAAAAAUAGAGGAUGAACUUAAAGCAGAAAAGAGAAGGUUGCAGCGAGAGUUGCGAUUAGCAUUGGAUAAAAAUGAAGAGAUGGAAAUGACCAAUAGCCACUUGGUGAAGCGAUUGGAGAAGAUGAAGGCCAAUCGAAAUGCACUCCUCUCUCAGCAAUAGAGAUCAAAGAGCUAAUGCACUGCAUCUUCAACUAACUAAACCUCCAGGUGUUCCAAUUUAUAGACCUUUUGCAUUGGUCCAACCACUAUCAAAUCCUGAAACAUGUUCAUCAAUAUGGCCCUGGAUUUAUAAAUGUUGACAUUAAAGAUUUUGUAAUUUAUGAGAGAACAAAGACAUUACCUAAUGUCUACAUGUUUGAUAAUUGUUAAUUAUGUUACUUCUUUAGCUCACUGGGUUAAUUAUACUCCUUGCGAUGGGUUGUGUUUUUGGUAUGACAGAUUAGCAGGUAAAUAUGAAUUGCUAUAGCUUUAGUACAUCAGAUUGAUUUACAUAAACCUUUCUGCUGCUCAGAAAUGAUGGUGGUUGCUUAAAGACCUUGAAGGAAUGCAUGAAGAGAAAUGAUACAGAAGAUAACCUCACAAGUUCCAUUUGAAAAAUGGGCUGCAGUUUAGUGGCCGUAAUGAAUCCCCACUACACACUUCAAGUGCCUUUUCCACGGUGCAGUGGAGAUGAUCUUGAGUUUGUUACCUAACCAACAAAAUGUAUGGGCCAUUCACUUGGUCUAAAGUAAUAUAAUCCGUCUUUUAAAAAUGAAAUAUGCAAAUUUCUGGAACAAGUUUUUGCCAAAAAUAACACUAGAUUUUUCCAUAAUUUACAUUUUUUUUGUUUUAUAUACAACUUACUCUCAUAAAUAAAUGGACUGUAGGUAAAUUUUGAAUUGGUUUCAAUUACCAUACUGUUUCGUUUCAGAACAUAGAAAAAGGCAACACUCUUCACUAGUUCAUUAGAGAAAAACAAAUGGAAAAUUAUUUCUUUUGCUCUAUAAAAAUAUUGGACUGCAUCUGCAAAAUAUUGCUUAUGUAGCUUGUUUGUAAAAUGUUUGGUCUUUUCAAGAAAACAGGCUUAUGAAUGAGGGUUUUGACAUUAAAUGUAACUGUGGACACUUUA